AUGAUACAAUCACCAGAAGGUGAUGAACAUGGAGCGAGAAGUCAGCGCUCUCAGGAGGCCGACAAACGUCACAGAAGAAAGGGAGAGAAAACCUACAGCUGUGAUGAGUGUGGGAAAGAUUUUACCCGGACUGAAAGCUUAAAAAGACACCAACUCAUCCACAGUGGAGUUAAACCUUACAGCUGUGAUGAGUGUGGGAAAGAUUUUACCCGGACUGAAAGCUUAAAAAGACACCAACUCAUCCACAGUGGAGUUAAACCUUACAGCUGUGAUGAGUGUGGGAAGGAUUUUACCCAGGCUGGAAGCUUAAAAGCACAUCAACUCAUCCACAGUGGAGUUAAACCCUACAGCUGUGAUGAGUGUGGAAAGUAUUUUACCGAGGCUGGACACUUAAAAAGACACCAGCUCAUCCACAGCGGAGUUAAACCUUACAGCUGUGACUUGUGUGGAAAGUCUUUUACCCGGGCUGAAAGCUUAAAAACACACCAACUCAUCCACAGCGGAGUUAAACCUUAUAGCUGUUACUUGUGUGGAAAGUCUUUUACCCGGGCUAAAAACUUAAAAACGCACCAACUCAUCCACAGUGGAGUUAAACCUUACAGCUGUGACUUGUGUGGAAAGUCUUUUACAUAUCGUGAGGGCUUAAAAAAAACACCAACUCAUCCACAGUGUAGUUAA